CAUGUGAUUAGUUCCAUGUAACUGACUCUGUGAGUAGAGUUACUUCCUGUAUCACAUGACACAGUGCAGCCAAUCAGAGUGCGAGUUUGCCUGGGAGCUACGGACUGUUCCACUGCUGAGAGGGGGAGACAGACUGAUGGGAAGCCCUGCCAGCUGCUGAUUUGUGAUUGGCCGUUGGAAUCUCCGUCACGAUGUGGUAUUGGUACCUCCCCAUCCUGGGGGCAAUGGUUGGGGCUCAGGCCCCCUCAGGAGGGCACCCCUGCGCCCCGCUGGAUUUUGGGAACCAGUCGGUUGUGUGCCAGUGUAAUGCCACCUACUGUGACACCCCGGGGCCCGUUGCCCUCCCCCCCGUGGGCAACUUCAGUGUGUAUGAGAGUAGCCGGGCCGGGAAACGCCUGCAAGUCACCUCCGGAGCCUUCAGCAAGAGUCCACCGUUGCCCCAGGAUCUUGUCCUGGCGCUGAAUUAUAAUAAGAGGUUCCAGUCCAUUAAGGGAUUCGGUGGCGCCGUGACCGACUCAGCCGCCCUCAAUAUCCUGGCCCUGUCCGACCGGACCCAACAGAACCUGCUCAGGGCCUACUUCUCUGGGGAAGGCAUUGGCUACAACAUCCUGCGGGUUCCCAUGGGGAGCUGUGACUUCUCCUCGAGGAUCUACACCUACCUGGACACUGAGGGAGACUUCAGCAUGGAGACCUUCAGGCUACAGAUGGAGGACACCAAGUUAAAGAUCCCACUGAUCCAGAAGGUCAAAGAGUUGUCCGAGAGGCCCAUCUCGCUCUUCGCCAGUCCCUGGACCUCUCCUCCAUGGAUGAAGACCAACGGGGCCGUAACUGGGAAGGGGAGCCUGAAGGGGCAGCCUGGGGAUCAAUAUCACCAGACCUGGGCCAAGUACUUCAUCAGGUUCUUGGACGAGUACGCCAAGUACAACGUAACAUUCUGGGCGGUGACCGUGGAGAACGAGCCAACCGCGGGGCUGAUUUCCGACUACCCCUUCCAGAGCUUGGGGUUCACCCCCGAACACAUGAGGGACUUCAUUGCCACCGACCUGGGCCCGGCCUUUGCCAACAGCUCCCACAGUCAAGUGAAGAUCAUGAUCCUGGAUGACAGUCGCCUUCUGCUUCCUUAUUGGGCCAAAGUGAUACUGUCGGACCUGAAGGCGGCUCGCUACGUACACGGCCUGGCUGUGCACUGGUACCUGGAUGCCAUUGCCCCUGCUGAUGUCACACUGGGACACACCCACCAGCUCUACCCUGACUACUUCCUGUUUGCCUCGGAGGCUUGCACCGGGUCUAUGCCUUGGAACAAGGGUGUUUCCCUGGGGUGCUGGGACCGGGGCAACCAGUACAGUCACAGCAUCAUAGAGGAUCUGAAUCACCAUGUGACCGGUUGGACCGACUGGAACUUGGCGCUGGAUAUAGAAGGGGGUCCCACGUGGGUGGAUAAUAACGUGGACAGUCCCAUCAUCGUGGACGUCAGCAAAGACGUUUUCUACAAGCAGCCGAUGUUCUACCACAUGGGCCAUUUCAGGUGAGCAACGUCCGACCGCGGAGUGGGCGUGG